AUGGGUGUCCCACCCUCUGUCCCUCCCUCUGUCCCUCCCUCUGUCCCUCCCUCUGUCUCUCCCUCUCUCUCCCUUGCCUCCCCUCUUUCCCAUAUCCGCCCCCCUCCAGAGACCACAGUGUUGAGUUACAGGUAUGAGACUAGAUACAGGACAGCUACCAUCAUGGAGGAAGAUGCUCUGAACCAGCCCACUGCAGCAGAGACUGAUCAGUCUCUUCAUCUGCUCAGUGAGAGCCCCUGUGGCUCCGUGGUCAUCUAUGUGGUCCCAGAAUCCUCCACACUGCUACCUGAGGGUGUGAGUGUGUACGUGGGUCAGAGGCGGACGGCGCUGUUGCGUGCCGGGAGGCCAAUGAGAGUGGGCGUCGGCCUGAAGGAGGUGCUAGCCCACCUGGAGACCCAGGUACAACAGGUUCUCAAGGUCAUGUCAUUCAGCCACAGUGACAUCACCGCUGCCCUUAGCGACCGCGUCCGCCUCGACUACAGUAGCAGGGAGGGUCUGGCCGACAGCAUGAGAGCCUUCAAGUCCAGCCCAGGUUAUGAAAUAACCUUCAGCCUGUUGAACCCUGACCCUAAGUCUCACCAUCUGCACUGGGACAUAGAGGCAGCAGUCCAGAGUUAUAUCCAGCCUCUCCUGUCGAAGCUGGCCCCGGUGGCCGACUUCAGUCUGGACUCACAGAUCCUCUACUACGCUGUCCUUGGGGUCAACCCACGUUUUGAUCCCUCACUCAACGCCUACACACUCAACGCUGACAGCCUGUCUCACGUCAUUAACCCCGUAGAGGCCAGGCUGGGCUCUAGCGCUGCAUCAUCCAACCCUGUCCUGAACUUCCUGCUGUACGUUCCAGACGCACGUCACUCCCCCCUCUACAUCACCGACCACCGCAAAUACACUGUUGUCUCCAACGCCUUCAGCUCCCCGCGCUGGGGAGGCAUCAUGGUGUAUAAUGUCAAUGGGACAGAGCUUCCUGUUCACAUCAACAUAGACAUGACCAGAGUGAUGGGAGUCUUCCUGGCACAGCUACGGUCAGUACUGGCGUGUUUGAUCGUCAACCCCUCCCCUGGCUUCCUGGUUGGCCCGUGUGGCCCAGCGGGAUUGGCUGACUGGGAGUUGGAUCGCCUCCUGUGGAGUCGCAGUGUCGAGAACGUUGCCACGGCAACGACAACUAUCACCUCAUUGGCCCAGCUGCUGGACCAGAUAGGAAACAUCGUCAUCAACGACAACAUCGCAGAACAGGUGUCAGCAGCAGUUGCCUCUCUCCAGUUGGCUGUGGGUCAGUUGGAGGCGGGGAACCUGGGCUUGGCCCUGCAGUACAGUAAGGAAGCUAUCCUCCAUUCAGAACGAGCCUUCUUCGACCCCUCCCUCCUCCACCUCCUCUAUUUCCCUGACGAUCAGAAGUUUGCCAUCUACAUCCCUCUCUUCCUGCCCAUGUGUGUCCCCAUCCUGCUCUCACUGCUCAAGAUGGCCGCCGAGGCCCGCCAGAGGCGAAGGGAGAGACAGGACAAGAAGGAGUGAGAUGGAAGUUAUUAAGAUGGAGAGAUCGACCGAUGAACGGGCACACGCACAGUUGGUUCACUGAUCAACAAAGUGUUUAAAGGAAACUGUCUGGACUCAGAAAUUAUGUUAAGACCAUUAGAAAUACAUGGAGCCGUAUUGAUCAAACUUCUCACAAUAGGAGUGUUUAUUUAGGAUCAGUUUUGCCUUUCAGAACACAAUGAAUAAGAUUACAUGGACAGGGGGACCUGAUCCUAGAUCAACACUCCUCUGAUUACAUGGACAGGGGAACCUGAUCCUAGAUCAACACUCCUCUGAUUACAUAGACAGGGGGACCUGAUCCUAGAUCAACACUCCUCUGAUUAUAUAGACAGGGGGACCUGAUCCAAGAUCAACACUCCUCUGAUUACAUGGACAGGGGAACCUGAUCCUAGAUCAACACUCCUCUGAUUACAUAGACAGGGGGACCUGAUCCUAGAUCAACAAUCUUCUGAUUAUAUAGACAGGGGGACCUGAUCCUAGAUCAACACUCCUCUGAUUACAUGGACAGGGGGACCUGAUCCAAGAUCAACACUCUUCUGACUAUAUAGACAGGGGGACCUGAUCCUAGAUCAACACUCCUCUGAUUACGGGGCGGCAGGGUAGCCUAAUGGUUCGAGCAUUGGACUAGCAACCGGAAGGUUGCAAGUUCAAACCCUUGAGCUGACAAGGUACAAAUCUGUCGUUCUGCCCCUGAACAGGCAGUUAACCCACUGUUCCUAGGCCGUCAUUGAAAAUAAGAAUUUGUUCUUAACUGAUUUGCCUAGUUAAAUAAAGGUAAAAUAAAUAAAAAAUUACAUGGACAGGGGGACCUGAUCCAAGAUCAACGCUCUUCUGAUUAUAUAGACAGGGGACCUGAUCCUAGAUCAACACUCCUCUGAUUAUAUAGACAGGGGGACCUGAUCCUAGAUCAACACUCCUCUGAUUAUAUAGACAGGGGGACCUGAUCCUAGAUCAACACUCCUCUGAUUACAUAGACAGGGGGACCUGAUCCUAGAUCAACACUCCUCUGAUUAUAUAGACAGGGGGACCUGAUCCUAGAUCAACACUCCUCUGAUUAUAUAGACAGGGGGACCUGAUCCUAGAUCAACACUCCUCUGAUUAUAUAGACAGGGGGACCUGAAUUAUUUUCCAAUCGUUCCGUUCCGAGCAGAACCCAUUCCGGUGUUCCGAGCAGAAGAAAGUUACUGUUUUAUAUAGUGGCUUUUCGUUAUUUAAAAAAAACUGAAAUCAAUAUCGUUUUAACAUUUAGAGUUAAAUAAAUGUAUUCCCCCAAUUAGCACCAAUGUGUUUAGGCUAUUACUAGCAUUAUAACUUCACCUAAUUACAGAAUUGUAUACUAGACAUAAGGGAUAUUUUGGGGGAAAAAAGUUAUUAACCGGUAAUCAAGAUUUGAAAAUAACGGUUCUGUUCCCGGAACACUAGAGAUCCCUUUCGUUCCCGGUUCUGAUUUCGUUCCUCGGAAAAUGUUUUUGAGUUCUGUUCCCUGAACCGGUUCCAACCUCUGACUGAGAUACUUGAUACAUAUGCGGCCCCUGAAAACCAGGCGUUUGCUGUAGUCUGAAACCACUGGUGGCAGGGGGUUGAUGCCAUCACCGUGGCGAUGUGGAAAUGUUUUUAGUUGUCUUUUAUUUGCCUGAUGUCUGAUCUGGAAGCAACAGGUCUGUCUUUCACUGUAGCAACAAAGUUUAGAUUGUUUGUUUUAUUUAUGUUGGGAAUGAUGCUUUACUUACGCUCUGUCAAUUAUUGUACGAGAGGGACUCGUACGAUCAACUGGGAAUUCAUUGAUUUGGGGAAGGACUUUGUCUAUCUUUUUGUUUGUUUUAUGCUUUGUGCAUGUUUAUGACAAUAUAAAAAAAAUCUAAAGCCGG